GAUAUGCGUGACGCACUGAAUGCAACAGGCAGACCCAUAGCCUACAGUAUAUGCCCGGAUGCAUCGCGCUGCAACAAUGCCAAGGCGGUCAUGUGGGAUGCUUCGUCGGUUGCCAAUGUCAUCAUGUGCCGAGGAGAUGGUGGUGGAGGCUGGUGCCGCUCACACCCUGGAUUGUUUCCCGAGUCAGAUCAGCUUGGCGAUAUCAACCCUACGUGGCACAGUUGGACAUGUAUCUUGGAGUCUAAUAUCCAGUUUGACAGCAUGAGAUACGCCGGUCCAGGGCACUACAUCAUGCCGGAUAUCAUGGAAGUUGGAAAUGGCAUGACAACGGCGGAGGACAUCAGCCAUUUCUCUCUCUGGGCAAUGAUUGCAGCACCGCUGAUUGCAGGUAAUGAUGUGCGGAGUAUGUCAAAGACCACACUGGACAUCCUAACCAACGAGGAAGUGAUCGCAGUCAACCAGGACCCGCAGGGCAAGCCAGGCCGCAGGAUCUACCAGAGCGAGAACAAAACUGCCGAGGUCUGGUCGCGGCAGCUGUACGAUGGGAACUAUGCUGUGGUACUGUUCAAUAGAGAUAACUCAACUGAGCAGGCCAUAACUCUACAAUGGUCCUAUGUGGGUCUACCAAACGACCAGCCUGCAAGUCUGCGUGAUCUGUGGCUACACAAAGAGCUAGGCGUGAAGAUGAGUAACUACACGAGUCAGUUACCACCUCACAGCGUGCUGAUGAUGAAAGUCACACAGGUAAAGGGUGGCUAGUAACAUCUCCCUGCAAACUCUGGAUCCCUAUACGUGAGAGAUUCCGCGUCUACAGAAAGCUGUACAUCCUUAGUAACAAAAAUGGAAGGUCCCACUAAAGAGUCUUCCAAUAAGAUCUAAUGUUUCACUCUUAGCUCUAGAAAAAUGAAAAUUGCCCAUUGUGCAGAACAGUUGAUCAAGAAGAAUUUCUAUGUGAUGUCCAUAAUUUGGCUAUAAAAUUCUUUCUGCAAAAGAAAACAGUGCCGCAAUUGCUGGCAGAUUACACAUUGCUAUACGUUGCUACACACUACGCACCUUGAUCAGUGUUUCGUAGUGUUGAGUGUCUUUUUGAGGAUGAGUAAUUGCAGCUUACCCCGUUGUGUAUCAACGCGCUAUA